AAUCACUAACCACUUAUCUAACGUAUUUGACUUGUAAAUAUCUUGUUAAACAUAAUCUUAGAUUAAAAUACCAGUUAUUUUUUAACACUUGUGUAUUGAAGCCGUAACGCGCUAUUCAAAUUAACAAAUGGGCUCUAUGGAGAAACUUAAAACUAGGCUAGGACCUCUUUUUCGGGUUAUACUAUCUCAUACAAUUAGAAAAACUUCAUAUUCAACUAAUACAGGGUUGUUACGUGAUAUCAAUGUAUUAGAUUUGUCAAGAAUAAUAGCAGGACCAUUUUGCACCAUGACUUUAGGGGAUUUGGGUGCUAAUAUUAUAAAAGUGGAAAGUUUUGAUGGGGAUGAAGCCAGGAAGUGGGGACCACCUUUCACUGAAGGAAAUGACUCAUAUUAUUUUCUAUCCGUAAAUAGAGGCAAAAAAAGUAUAUGUAUUGAUUUGAAGUCUCUACAAGGGAAAGAUAUUAUUUAUGACUUAGCUACAAAGUGUGAUGUCCUUGUUGAAAACUUUCUCCCAGGAAAGUUGGAUAAAUUAGGAGUUGGGUAUAAGAAACUGAGUGAAGUUAAUCCAAAACUUAUAUAUUGUGCAAUAACAGGCUUUGGACCAACAGGACCUUAUAGAAUGAAACCUGGUUAUGAUGUCAUUGCAGCAGCAAUGGGAGGUUUUCUUAAUUGUACUGGUGAAAAAGAAGGUGGUCCGGUAAAAGCUGGAGUAGCAAUUACAGAUGUUACUACUGGUUUACAUGCAUUUGGAGCCAUUAUGACAGCACUAUAUUAUAGAAAGAACACUGGAAUUGGACAGAAGAUUGACUGCAACUUACUCUCAACACAAAUAUCCAGUAUGAUCAACAUAGCCAAUAAUUAUUUAAACUGUGGUAUUGAAGGACAACGAUGGGGUACGGCUCAUGCUAAUUUAGUCCCAUACCAAGCAUUUAAAACAAAUGAUGGAGAAAUUGUUAUUGGUACAGGAUCUAAUGCACAGUUUGCAGAUUUCUGUAAAAUUAUAAACAGAGAAGACUUAAUAGAUGAUGAGAGGUUUAAGAAUAACUCGGAACGAGUUAAAAACCGUAAAGAGAUAGUAAAAAUAAUAAGUGAUGUCAUAAUAACAAAGUCAAAGAGAGAAUGGACAGAACUUUUUAAAACUGCUACAUUUCCUAAUGGGCCUGUUAAUACAAUGAAAGAGGUGUUUGAUGAUGAACAUGUAAAAGAUAUAAAAUUGGUAAAGGAAAUAGAACACCCAGAUGCUGGGAUAAUUAAGAUGGUUGGACCACCCACUGUUUAUUCGGAGGGGGGAAAUGAUGUUAGAUUACCUCCCCCCACAUUAGGUCAGCACACUCGAGAUAUAUUGUCUAACUUUCUAGGUUAUGCUGAUAUAAAAAUUGAAGAGCUGAUUCAUAAUGAGGUUAUAAGAUAACUUCUUGAAUAAUAAGUUUUAUUGUUUGAACAAAAGUACAUCUUGCAUAAUGAUAUAUAUUAUUUAUUACUAAUGCUAAAUAUUUUGACUUUUACUCCGCAUUGGCUAGUUAAUUCAGUAAACAUUUACUGUAACCAGUAUUAGUUAUGAAGUGUUAUUCUUAUAUAUGUCGCAGCCAACUAGCUUAAUUAGCUGUUCAAUUAACAGCCUAGCACACACACAGUUGACAGUUUGAAGAGUUUCGUAUCGAGUUUGAGUGGCAGAAAGUGGAAUUAAAUUUAAAUUAACGAAAUAAACGUCGUCGAUCAAAGUCAUUUGCCUAGCUGUUUGAUCAACUGGCUGAACAUCUUUCAGGCCGUUAGUUAAAUGAAGCCGUUUGAACGAAUUGAACUAAUUAAGUUAGAAUUGGCUGCGACAUAUACAUUAUCUUUUAUCUUUUGUUUUCAUAGUUAUUAUGUUUGUUCUAAGAAAAUAAUGCUGUUUUAUUUUUAUCUGAACACAAAGAUAAAAUGCUCAAUGAUCAAAGGCAAUAAAACCUUAAACUCCAUAAUAAUUAUUGGUAUAAGAAUUUCAAGCAGAGUUCAUAUCCUGACCUUUAUUUAAAUAACAAUGAGGACCUUCGUAUCGCGGAAUCAUAAUUCCUUUUAAUAUUCUGUAACAGGCCAUAAAAUGACCUUAUUAAAGAUACUUAACUAUACUGUAAAAAUACAUAUAUCUAUUUCAUUAUAUUCUUGGUAUUUUGAGCCUUAAACUUAAACACAAUACAUACUUGAAUGUUAUCAUAUGAGACAUUAUCUGUCCCAAAAUUUGGCAUAAAAUAUAGUUAUUGAAUUAAUUAAUAGUAUCCUCUUUUGUCCUUAUCAUUCGUGUGGCGAAUGAAGAGAUAAUAUAUUCUUUAAUUAAAGCUCAAAAGUAAGUCAUAUUAAUCGUUUUGCUUGGACGUUUUAAAUGCAGUAUGUUAAAUAA